AAUCAGGUAAUUACGAGUUUAUACCAUAUUGUAUGGAAUUAAAAUAGUGAAAAUGUUUCUGUAAAAACAAAUAAUAUCCCCUAGCAUAGUUGAUUAACGAAAUGAGUAAAUCAAAUAUUGGUGUGCUGUGAACUCUGAAGGAACCCUAGCGAGCGCAGUCAGCACCGCCAUCACACCUUCAGCCACCGUCUACCGUGUCAGCAGUGAGAGAUGGGGACCAAGGCAAAGAAAGCCAUGCACAAGAGUUUGAAAAGGAUCAAUGCUAAACCAUCGCAUUCUCAACCUGCUGCUGAUUUUUUGCCGUUGGAUUGUGGUCCUGGCCGUAAACUUCCUGAACUUAAACCCCUGGAAAAUACUUCCCCUGUUUUAUACAUUGGUCGCAUUCCACACGGGUUCUAUGAGACCGAGAUGGAGGCUUAUUUUGGACAAUUCGGUACCGUCAAGAGAUUGAGAAUUGCCAGGAAUAAAAAGACUGGAAAAUCAAGACAUUUUGGCUUCAUAGAAUUUGAAUCUCCUGAGGUAGCAAAAAUUGUUGCUGAUACUAUGCACAAUUAUUUGCUCUUUGAACACCUUCUUCAGGUUUUCGUCGUAGCUUCAGAAGAUGUUCAUCCCAAUUUAUGGAGAGGAUUCAAUUAUCGUUGCAAGCCUCUGGACUCUCUCCAAAUUGAACGGGAACGACAUGACAAGGAAAGAACAUUGGAAGAACACAAAAAGUUGGUUGACAGGGUUAUGAAACGUGACAAAAAAGUCGGAAAAUGAUAGAGGCUGCUGGCAUUGAUUAUGAAUGUCCCCAGAUUGUGGGCAACCUCCAGCCUGCUCCAAAGAAGAUAAAGUUCAAAGUCUGAGUAGAUGAAGGCUGAUGGUGUACUGUGUCACUGGUGGAUGUGGCAACAAACCGUCCUUUUUAGGAUCUUAAAAUUUAGCAAGGAAUUAUCCUCUUUGUAGGGGCAAGACCCUCCUAUUUUGAGACUCAAAAUAUUAUAUUAUGAAAAAUAUUUGUAGUAGUGUUAUCCAUUUCAUAUUUUCAGUA